AUGAAUAAGCCCUUGUCCGCCAUGAUCAGCACCGACAUGGACCCAGUGCGAGAAGGCAUGCACGACUGGGCCGUCCAUAUCUUGAGCUCCGAAACAUGGCAGCAGCACCUCGCCUCAAACUCGGUCGAGAACACACUCACCACCUGCUUCUCAGCACCAACAUACUGGAAUCUUAGGAUUGCAGAGGCGCUCUUGAAAGACGAAGACGUGCCGAACAGGGAGUCUUGGGUCGCUAUCCUCGAGGCUGCACGCAAUGAAGCUAGUGGUGAAGAGAUGGAAGUUGAUGUUGAUGGGAUUGAGCAAGCUGUGCCGGUGAGGCAGGGGAAGCCAAAGGAGAAGAUCAAGGGCCCGACGAAGGUUGUUGGCAUGUGGAAAGCUAGGCCGAUUGGGUGGUUGCCAGAGGGGUAUGAGGAUGAUGAGUAGUUAUCCGGUACACGGUGUGAUCAUACAAGAGGCCUAAGGUCUGGCACGAGAGUAAG